AAGAUCACAGCAGGUAGUAAAAGGAGUGUGUGUUUGUUGGCACUGUGCCGCUGCCCGCUGUUACGUCACCGUUUGGUCCGUCACGCGACUGGCACCGCUCUCUAAACCCACAGUGAGUGCUGCCCGUGAUCUCCUGCCGCAGGGAUGUUGCUGCCGUGCCGUUUGCUGAGUAGUGUAGCGCCCCAGCGGCUAUGGGUGGGUCUGGGAUCACGGGUGACAGGGUCUGUUAACUCCCUGACCUCCUUCAGAGCCAUCAACACCUCACCCAAGGACGCCUCCACGCCUGCUGUCCAGCAUGCAGAUGAGGAGAAUACUUCCACUGAAGCUGCUAAACUGAAAAAGCCUAAACGUGCACCCUUCAUUAAGAACUUAUUCCUUGGCAGGUUUGACAAGAGUGUUCUGGAGUUUCCUGAGGUGCUGGACCAAGAUCAGCAUGAACUGCUGCAUGAAAUGGUUGUUCCCAUUGAGAGAUAUUUCUUAGAACAAGUGGAUGGACCCAAGAUAGACAGAGACGCAAAGAUCCCUGAGGAAACCCUACAAGGCCUCAAGGAGCUGGGUCUUUUUGGGCAGCAGAUCCCUCAGGAGUAUGGAGGUCUGGGUCUCGGGGCCACAGAGUAUGCCAGGAUUGCUGAGAUCACCUCCCUGGAUGGAUCAAUUGCUGUCACCCUAGCAGCUCAUCAGGCCAUUGGUCUGAAGGGCAUUUUGAUUUGUGGAACAGAUGCACAGAAGGAAAAGUAUUUACCUCAGUUGGCCUGUGGUGACUGGACAGCUGCUUUUUGCCUGACAGAGCCCAGCAGUGGGUCUGAUGCCGCCUCUAUCCAGACUCGUGCCACACUCUCUGAUGAUGGAAAGACUUGGCUGAUCAAUGGAAGCAAGAUCUGGAUAUCUAAUGGAGGUUUUGCUGAUCUCAUGACUGUGUUUGCCAAGACCACAGAGAUACUGCCCUCUGGAGAGAAGAAGGAUAAAGUCACAGCCUUCAUUGUAGAAAGAUCCUUUGGUGGAGUCAGCAGUGGUCCACCAGAGGACAAACUUGGGAUUCGUGGAUCAAACACUUGUGAGGUGUUCUUUGACAACACUCCUGUACCGGCGGAGAAUGUUUUGGGUGAAGUGGGUGGCGGCUUCAAGGUGGCCAUGAACAUUCUCAACUCAGGUCGCUUCUCUAUGGGCAGCUCUGGAGCAGGAAUGUUGAAGAGGCUCCUUUCAUGGAGUAUUGACCAUGCCGUUAAUCGCAAGCAGUUUGGAAACUAUCUCUCAGAGUUUGCCAUGAUCAAAGAGAAGUUUGGACGCAUGAGUGCUAAUAUUUAUGCCAUGGAAUCAAUGGCUUACCUAACUGCAGGCAUCUUGGAUGGUCAGGAAGACCCGGACUGUUCUGUGGAAGCUGCUAUUGUCAAGGUUUUCAGCUCUGAGGGUGCUUGGAAGUGGUGCUCUGAGUGCCUGCAGGUCCUGGGUGGUUUGGGCUACAUGAAGUCUUACCCAUUUGAGCGCUACCUUCGAGAUGCCCGUAUCCUCUUGAUCUUUGAAGGAACCAAUGAGAUUCUCCGCUUAUUUAUUGGACUCAGUGGGCUUCAGACUGCUGGAGGUGAACUUCGUGAGGUUGUUCAGAAGCUUCGUAAUCCAUUAAUGAACCCCGGAUUUAUUAUUGGAAAAGGCAUCGAGAGAUUCCGCCAACAGAAAGAUAACCCCAAGCUUGACCUGGACAUAGCAGGCCACCUUCACCCCACCCUGCAGCCAUCAGCACAGCUUUUAGAGUACUGUGUGAAAAGGUUCCAGUAUAGUGUGGAGAUGGUGCUGGCCAAGCAUGGACAGGCUGUAGCUGCUCCCAAAAACCAGCUGGAUGUCGCACGCUUAGCUGACUGUGCUAUUGACCUGUAUGCCAUGACAGCUGUCCUGAGCCGCGCCUCACGUGCAUACUGUAUAGGCCUGAAAAAUGCUGCUCAUGAGAUUCAGCUUGCCAGUGUGUUUUCGGCAGAGGCAGCAGAACGAAUCAAGACACGAGUAAGGGACUUAGAGAUUGGCCCAGUUCAGAACCAUGAUGAUUUGUAUUCCAGAAUUGCUGACGCUGUUGUAGAAAACAAGGGUUACGUGGCUGAGCAUCCUCUAACUCGCACUUUUUGGUAAGUCGUGUGUUGUAGUUGUGUCUACUUCCCAUGGCACAGUGAUAAUGAGAUGGAUGUAAAUAUUUUUGGUAUUGACGUUCAGAAUGCAAUUAUGUUUAUAAGUGACAUAACAAAUUGUAUAUAUAAACUCAUAUUUUCAUCCAAUAUUUGUAAAUGCUGUUUAGAAUUACUGACUUGUAAGUCUUCAGAAGACUGACAUAAUAUAUUGAACUGAGUGUAUGAUAAUGGUAACUCUUAAGUAAGAAAUUAAUUCUUUUGUCAGGCCAAACCAUUAAGUUGGUGCACAAUAUGACCUAAGUUUUAAUAAAUAUGGGAUUUAUUGAUGUUUGAAAAUUACUAUAUACAAAUAGUAUUUAAUGGAAGUUAAAUAAAUGUGAAGUUAUUGAUUUCAGAGUCAUAUAGAUGUGAAAGUAAGUGUGACAAACAUUGUGUUGUCAGGCAAAGUAGACCAUACUGGUUCUUCCUUUUCUGUCUCAAAGCUCCAAGAGUACUCAUGUGAACUGUCACUAAGAGUGCUUUGGGAGAUGGUUGUCUUUCUUCUAGUUGACUAGUCCUCCAAUUUAAAUAAAUAUUACAUUUUGAAGAUAGUGUGUUCUGAAUACAGUUUACUUCACAAAUAUUGUUGCUAGGUUUUAUUUACUUAGCCUGACUGUUUUUCUUUGACUGCUGUGACCUGAAAUUUGAGGACAGUUGCAUUUACCAUUUAUGUGUGUUACUUCAGAUAAAUUGACACAAAUAUAUGUAUUGAAUAUUACAAUAUCAAGUAAAGUUAAUAUACAUACUAUGAAUGAAAAAAAAAAAAAGGAAAAAUCUUCAUGUAUGCUUGAAAUGAUUAUACUUAAAAAAAAUAAAGGUGAAAUUGAUCUGAGGUCUGUGCUUGACAAGUCGAUAUUCCUUAUUGGUCAACGUUAUAUGAAGCAUACAUGUUGAACUACCUCAAAAGUAUUUUCAUAUAUGGUUUGUACAAUAGUUGUAAUAAAAAUGGACUGAAGGGAAA